AUGCUUCCUUCAUCGUCUUCGUCAAUCGAAUUUAAGUUAUAUGCACCAAACAGUUUAUGUGUCUCACUUAUUGGUUCAUUUUCUGAAUGGAGUGAAAUCGAAAUGCAAAAAACUAAAGAUGAUGGACAAUGGCGCGUCUCUAUCGCAUUAGAAGAUGGUGAAUAUGAAUAUAGAUUUAGAUUACAACCAAUCAAAAUUAAAGACAAACAAGCAGUGCAUUGUGUUGACUUCGAAAAUGUGAUUGAUCCAUAUUCAAAACGAGUUGAUAUAAGGAAAAAUGUUGGUAUUAUCAAAAUCAAAAAUGGCAAAGAAGUUGUUGAUGAAUAUCAAUGGAAACAUGAUAAUGAACAAAACAAUUUACCACAAAAUAAAGAUUUAAUUAUAUAUGAAAUAUUUAUUGCUGAUUUUACAAAAGAAGGUAAGAGCUUUUAA